CAGGAAACGCGUCAGAGUGAUCCCUCCUCUCCUCGCCGCCUCUCUGCUUUAGGAAACGUGGCCUUAGGUUUCUGCAGCACCUGGUGGAUGAAUGAGCCUCAGACAGCGUCAGCUUCCUGCUCUCAGUUUCCGCCGCAGCCCCAGGAGAACCCCAGCAGAACCUCUGUGAAGAACCAACAUGGCGGAGGUAGAACCCGUCCCCGAGGCCGUCCUCAACGCCACCGACUCCAACGGCACCGAGGCGCUGAACGCCACGGCUAAAUUCGUGGCCACCCCGGAGGGCACGGCGCUGGCCUACGGCAGCCUGGUGGUCAUGGCGCUGCUGCCCAUCUUCUUCGGGGCCCUGCGCUCCGUCACCUGCUCCAAGUCCAAGGAACUCGGAGAAAAUGGGUUCGAUUCUGGGUUCAGAAACUCCGCCGACGCUCCGGAGACCAUCACCAGUCGGGACGCCGCCCGGUUCCCCAUCAUCGCCAGCUGCACCCUGUUCGGACUCUACCUCUUCUUCAAGGUGUUUUCUCAGGAGUACAUCAACCUGCUGCUGUCCGUCUACUUCUUCGUGCUGGGCGUCCUGGCUCUGUCCCACACCAUGAGCCCGGCCAUGGCCCGAAUCUUCCCGCCGUCGGUGCCCAACAAACAGUACCAGCUGCUCUUCACGCAGGGUUCUGGGGAGUCCAAAGAAGAAAUAGUGAACUACGAGUUCGACACCAAGAACCUGAUCUGCCUGGUCAUCAGCAGCGUGGUGGGCGUCUGGUACCUGCUCAAAAAGCACUGGAUCGCCAAUAACCUGUUUGGCCUGGCGUUCGCCCUGAACGGCGUGGAGCUGCUCCACCUCAACAACGUCAGUACCGGCUGCAUCCUGCUGGGGGGGCUGUUCGUCUACGACGUGUUCUGGGUGUUUGGGACCAACGUCAUGGUGACGGUGGCCAAGUCGUUCGAGGCGCCGAUCAAAUUGGUUUUCCCUCAGGACCUCCUGGAGAAAGGCCUGGAGGCCAGCAACUUCGCCAUGCUGGGUCUGGGAGACAUCGUCAUCCCGGGGAUCUUCAUCGCCCUGCUGCUGCGCUUCGACGUCAGCUUGAAGAAGAACAGCAGGACCUACUUCUACUCCAGCUUCCUGGCCUACAUCUUCGGCCUGGGCCUCACCAUCUUCGUCAUGCACACCUUCAAACACGCGCAGCCCGCCCUGCUCUACCUGGUCCCCGCCUGCGUCGGCUUCCCCGUCGUCGUGGCGCUGGUGAAAGGAGAGCUCACCGAGAUGUUCAGGUACGAGGAGUCGUCUGAGGAGGCGGAGCCUAAAGAGGAAAAGGAGUCGGGAGAAUCUGAGAAGAAAAAGGACCAAUAGCAUCCGUCGCUGCCACCCCCCCAACCCCCACAUUUCACUGAAGCCCCGCCCCCUCCUGCUUCUGGCUGAGGGGCGGGGCUAAUGUUGCCAACGUGUUUGUGUCCGGUCUCCAUGGUUACAGCUUCUAUGGCUCUGUGAUGGGUGGAGUCUGCUUCUACUUGGUGCCUGACUCCUCCUCCACCCCGUCACGGCUGCACUCAUUGGACCACAGAGCUGCUGAGGGGCGGGGCCAUGUGAGUGGGCGUGGCUUGUGUCUCACCUGCUCGGAUGGACCAGAAGGCCGUUAAAGGUCGUCCUCUGAGCUGAAAGCUGCUCAGCGCAUCUCUGCUUCCUGUUUUAUCCGCUGCCUUCUGCGUCAGAGUUUCACUUUUAUUUGCUUCAGUUCUGCUUUGUUCCUGUAAGAACGCCACAAUUUUAAGAUUUCUGAAUGUUUAGUUGUUCCUCAAAAAGACCUGGAAGAGUCCAUGUUUUUCCUGUUAGGUGCCGGGCAAUUAAAUGAAUUUGGACUUUUUAUUUCUGUAUUAUCACCUCUACUUUGGUCCCAUUAUCAAUAUCGCUGUUGGUUUCAGCUGGCAUGUGUUUAUUAGACGUUUUCUGAUCUUCAGUCUGCCUGCUGCUUUCUGGACAUGAUCCUUUUAGUCAGGGAGAAAGUACAGAAAACUCCAGGCGUGUGUUUAAGUUAUUGGAUUCUCUUUGUACCUAAUUGGAUUAAAACGACAGCUUUAAGGGCGCCGAGCGGUGAAAACGGGUCAAACGUAAAAUCAACUUUAUCUGGAACUUUCCCCUAAAUCCAGGUUGGAUCUGCAACCCGCCUCCUUGUUCUGCAUCGUGAUUGGUGGACAGGCUGUAGGAGGAGGAGUCAGGUACAGUUCGGCCAGUCAGCUGUGAGAACGAGCACGGGAGAAAAACAGUCUGAUCCGAGUUCUGCAUCGUUCUGAUUGGUUAAUGGGUGAUAAAAGCAAACUUUUUACUGAUCCAGUUUUCUGUUUUAGUCCAGAAUAUGACAAUAAAUGUCAACAUUGAAGGAGAACAUUGUUUUUUUGUGAUGUAACAAUGAUUAGAAACGACAGCCGGGUCCAUUUGGUACCAACGGAUCGGGUCAUUGAACUGCAGAGGAGCUCAAACAGAGCUGAAGGUCAGAACUUAGUCAGUAAAGGGCUAUUCCGUCAACAUGGUGGGGUGGAUUUCCUAGGACUACAUUUCCCACAAUGCCCAGGCUUUUCCAUCUGAUGUGAAGCAGAUGGAAAAGCAGAUGGUCUUGAGAUGUUCUGACCCACUGAUGAACGGCACACUUUCAACCUGACGUUAAUCAUUUUUUUAUUGAUGGUCGACGCUUUGACAGACGCACAGUUUUGUAUUCUGAUGUAAAAACGAAUCGGGUUUAAAGUCCUGCUCGUAUCCGGCUCUGCGGAGUUCAGUAGCUCUUCAUAAAGUUUAACUGAUGUUUCUGAAAUGUUUUGUUUCUCCUUCUCUGUAUUUGUGAAAGCGGCCGUUUCACGGCCCAAACUAUCUAUUUUAUUUGCAAUAAACCUUUUGGUGGUUCGGUCACCGUUUAGAGAAGCAUAA